AUGUUAGUAUUGGUUCUAUUACCCAUAAUCUACUUGGGUUAUACAUAAGAGCAAUGCCAAGUUAAGAAACAAUAAAUAUCAUUUUUCUUUUCUACCUAAGAAACAUAUGAGUGGAACUUAAAAGAUUUAUUCACCGGAUCCUAUUUGAAUUACACCUUAAGCUCAAAGUAACCCUUCUUUACGUUGAAGAAACCUAUACAUUAAGAAUAUACACCUAAAACAUUGAUAGAAGGUAUAAAAUAUAGUUAAAUUAGGUAUAUCAAAAAUUGCUGCCAUUUAGGCUAGAAC